AUGCCAAAAUUAAAAACAUUAAAAAAUAUUAUCGAUCGAAUGAAGGCUAUGUGUAAUUUUGUUACAUUACAAGCAAACAAAUCUGGUGAUAUGACAGUAAAAGUUGAAACGGAUACAGCACAAGUAGCGACAUAUUUUACUGGCCUUCAAGAAAUAUCGAGAAAAGAUCCUAUGGGUGAUGAUCGAUCCCAAUGGAAUAUGCCAAUAACACAACGAUCAAGUUCAUCAUCAUCAAGUUCUAUUGAUACGGCUGAAGUACGUUUAGAUAUUAAGAAAUUUGCUCAAUUACUUCAUUCACAACAACCAUAUGCAGAAAAAAUGGUUUUCAAUUUCUGUAAUAAUAGCAUGUUACAUAUUUGUAUUGUUGCAGAAUAUUUUACACUUCAAUGUAUUUUACCUUCUAUUCAACUCUAG